UUUCCCCAAAAACCCCUCUUACUCUCGAACCCCCCCCAAAUCCAGAGACGAACCGCUGCUCUAAAGGUACUACAUUUUAUUCUUACUGUGCUCCGUCUUCCCCCCCAUCAUCCAAUAUCCAUUCCCGAUUCAAACUUUCUUUGACCUCCAUUUUAACUCUUUCUUACUCUAGGGUUUCCAUCUUCAUCAUCUGUUUCGUCGAUUUCAUUUUCGUUUUAGGGUUUUGAGUAAAGCGGGAGGAGUUGUAGAACCGAAUCGUACCGACAUGGAGACUUCGGCUGCGGCUGGUGUCGCCGCCGCCGCCGCCGCUGCACGCGGUGUUGCUCUUCCUGUAUCAUCGUCUCAGGCUGCUCGCAAAGAGUGGCGUGCUGUCUCCGAGCAAUCGGUUCGGAAUUCCAGUAGUGAGGAAACGGAACGGUCCGGAUUAGGUCAAUCGGAUGAGAGACUGAUAUAUGAGCAAGGGAGAGAGCCGGUUGAUGUGGACUUCUGUUCAAUCACUAUUGAUGGAAGUUCAAACAAUGAUAUUCUGCAACAGAGACUACUUAGCGUGGUAAAACAAAAGGAAGAGUUGCAUCAAAUGGAGGUUGAACUACGAGCUCAGCUCAUUGCAAGAUCAGAGAUUAUGGAAAUCCGGAAUAGUUUUGAUGCUCAGAUAAAAGAACAUGCCACUGCCAAUGUUAAGCUUCAGGACCAAAUACAUGAAAGGGACCAGAGGAAUUAUGAGUUGGAGAGGAGGAUGGAAGAGAAAGAAAGGGAACUCAAUGCAAUUAGACUGGACCAUGAAGCGGCAUGGGCAAAAGAGGAUCUCCUUAGAGAACAGAGUAAAGAACUACAAACUUACAGGAGAGAGAGGGACAACUCUGAAGCAGAAAGAGCUCAGCAUAUGAAACAAAUUCACGACCUCCAAGAGCAUAUUCAAGAAAAGGAGCGUCAGUUCAUUGAACUGCAGGAACAGAAUAGGAUAGCUCAGGAAACAAUCCUGUUCAAAGAUGAACAAAUAAGGGAGGCCCAGGCUUGGAUGACUCGUGUUCAGGAAUUCGAUGCUGUGCAGCAAGGUGAAUUACGGGAGCGCACAGAACAAUAUAACCAGCUUUGGCUUGCCUACCAACGACAGUUUGGUGAGAUGGAGCGCUUGCAUAUGCACAUGCAACAGCUCCAACUUGAAUUGGCUGAGGCAAGGGGUGGAACUUACUCUGAUGGUUCACAAGUAUCCAAUCUGAAUUCUAAAGAUGCUAGUCAUCUUGGGCAGAGCAAUGGAAGCCAACUUAAUGCUAGUGGAAGCAGUACACCUGGUGAAAGUUCUAUAGGCCUACAAAAUGGAACUGUUGAAAAUAUUCCAUCUUUUGCUUCAACUGGGAAUGUGUCGACUCAGUCGGAUCAUGUACAUGGUAUGCCAGUUGCUCCUUCAUCCUUGCUUGGGAUGACAACCUACCUUCCACCUGGACAAAUUGCCGCUCUGCAUCCAUAUGUAAUGCAUCAACAGGGAAUUCCUCCUCCUUUACCAUCACAUGUUCCUCAAUCUCAUGUCGGGCAUUUUCACUCAGUACCAGCAGUAUCGUCUCUUCAGCAUUGGCCAAACCAACAGGCUGCACCAGAGGGUUCACAGAUCUCUAGUCACAAUCAGUACUCUUUGCAACCCCAGUCAACCUUGCCAAGAUCAGAUUCUCAGUAUGAUCAUGAAGCAACUGUCAAUGGACAAACUCUUCUCAAUGUGAACCAAGGAAUUGAAACUCAGGAUCCAGUGGUUCCAGCUUCAAGUGAAGACGGACAGGAACUUCAAGCUAUGGAUAAAAAUUACCUCUCGGGUGUACAGACACAUCAGACUUUGCAUCAGAUUUCUUCGCAAUUCAAUGGUGCUUUAAGAUUGGAUUCUCAUGAACAUAACAAUGAGACAGAGGUGAACACUGUCAACUCUUCAGCUAAUUACAUGCUGGAGUCUCAAGGGUUAAGAAUGGGAGAGUUUAGUUCGAAUGCUGAUAAAUCGUCUGCCGAAGUUCCAAAUAAUGUGCAUAAUUCAACUGAGUCGGUGACAGAUACCGUGUCAGGCGUUGUUUUGACAGAAACAUAUGUUGCUGGAGGACAGAAGAAUGCAUACGCAGUUGGUAAAUCAGCAGAGGUUAAUCUCCUGGACGAAAAGGCAUUACUGGCUUGCAUAGUCCGUACAAUUCCUCCUGGUUCUGGUGGUAGAAUCAGGAUUAGUUCUACGCUUCCUAAUAGACUUGGUAAAAUGCUUGCCCCCUUGCACUGGCAUGACUACAAAAAGAAGUAUGGAAAACUUGAUGAAUUUGUGGCAAACCAUCCUGAAUUAUUUGUAAUUGAUGGAGACUUCAUUCAACUUCGAGGAGGUGCUCAAGAAAUUAUAGCAGCCACAGCUGCAGCUGCUAAAGUGGCUGCUGCAGCUGCAGCGCCUUCGUCAUUCUCCUCUCUUUUGCCUCCUAUUGCAGUCACCCCUAUGCCACAAAAUCACCGUUUGAAGAGGUUACCAUCAGUUGAACCAACAUCUGAGAAGGCAGUUUUCAAAGACUAUGCUGUCGUCAGACCUGCAAAUUCUAGUGACAACCUUCAAAGUCAGAUUUCUAAUGGUGCCUCUUUCAACAUUACUGGGGGCAUCUCAAAUGUAAAAAUUUUGACAAAGCCGAGAGACCAGAUGGAGCUAAAUGCAUCUGAAUCUAGGGCUGCCUCAUCCGUACAAUUGAGCCUCGGAAAUGGAGCUACUGCUGACAAAAAUGACAUGGGUAGUUCACAAAACAAGGUUUCAUCUCAUGGGAGACCUGGUACAAAUUUAGUGGGUAGACAGGGCAGGAAUGCUGGGAUUUCAUCAGGCUCUAGAAGAUAGGCAGAUAUUGGAUGCAGACGAGUAUGGCAGGACAUAAUAUUGGAUGCUGAUUGGUGUGGAAGGACAGAUUUUGGAUGCUGAUAGGUAGGUGUGGCAGGACAGAUAUUGGAUGCUGAUGGAUAUGGCUGAUCAUUUACAUUUGAAAUUAUCCAGAGGGAUAAAUUAUAUUUAAUUCAAAUUGGAAUGUACUGUAAUGUUCCCUUUCUCAUAUCAAGUGGAAACAAUUGUUCAUCUAAGUAUGGCAUCCUCCAUUUUGCUGGGAA